AUGUCUGAGGACGACGUCGAUAUGCUCGGCCCCGACGGGCAGGGAUCAUCCAAAGUCGACCGUGACCGCCGUGCGCCGAGGUUCAGUUGGACGCCUGCAUACGAGACGACCUUCUUCCGCAGCCUUUGCGAAAGCGUUCAUCUGGGCUUGCGCGAGAAUAGUAGUUUCAAGGCAGAGGCAUGGGAUCGCGCCGCUCAAGCGCUGCAGGACAGCCACGGCGCGUAUCCUGCCAAGAGCCAUCUGAUCAACAAGAGCGACAAUGCGCGGAAAAAGUUUCGCCUAUGGCGGGGACUUCGAGAAGAUGCCGAUUUCACAUAUAACCCCGUCUCCAGGACGGUGACGGCUACCGAGGAGGCCUGGAGAGCACACAUCGAGAGAGAACCGCUGUCGAGGGCUCUCAGGGGUCGGCCGCUUGAUCAUGAAGGAUAUAUGGAGACACUGUACCCCGAUGUUAUCGGGUCUGGCGGUGCGCCGAAGAGGAUAAUGAAACCUCGCCGGCGGACCGAUGGACAACCAGGCGACGAGCCAGACAUGCCUGGCACAGGCGUCCUGAAUCUUCAACCAGAGCCUGUAUCUGGACAACACGCUGUCGAAAGUCCUGGCCCGGCUCGCUCUUCCUCGGCUCAAAAGCCAACUGGCUCAGCCGCAGGAUCAGGUGCUCAGCUAAAACCAAGUUCCACGAUUAUCCCUCCGCGAACUACCCCAAUGCAGUCUUCCGCUUUGACUCCCCCCGAAGAGUCGGCGACUCAUGCAAAGAAACGACCAUUGCCCGCUCCCGAGACCGAGGGCGCCUUCGGUGCGACACCGCCGCCUUCUGCCGCCAAGCCGGGCAACGCCAUGGCAGACGCCCUGUCGCCGGGAAAGAAGCAACGAAUCUCUGCACAUGGUGACUCGGUGCCCGUUGUCGCCUCCGGUUCCAGCGACUCCCUUCGCCAUGAAUCUGCCUCAGCUUCGCCUACUGCUAUGCAGCUCCCACCACCCGUGACUGUGACGACUCCUCAAUCCAUAACAGACACCCGCCCCAACGGUCUGUCAACGCAUUCAGGCGGCUCGCCAUGGUGUGAAUUGGCUCUGGAGCAAUUUUUCAAAGAUUUCGCAGACAAGGACAUGGACCUUCAAAUACGAAUCGCGGAGACGGUAUUGGUCAACGAAAACAAAGCACUGGUGUAUUGCAAAAUGCCUUGGCGCGUGAAACAACAUUGGUUAAAGAAACUUGAUGAGAAAUAUCGGAAAUUCCUGUGA